GCGUUCGGGCUGCGAAGACUGGCGCGCCCCGCGUUUGCUCUGCGCUCUUUGGAGAGGCACGGCAAACACCCUCUUGGCUACGGACGGCUUCUGCUGGGGAUUUUUAGAUCUCGGGCUUAGUGCUUAUUUCUCGCCAGAGUGCCCUGAAAUUUAAUUUCUGUUAACUUUAAAUACUGAGAUCCUGGCCCAGUAAUUGGAAAAACUGACAUCAGUUUCCUUCUGCUGUGUAAAGAAAGCCCAAUGCUACUUUCAGCCUGUUAUUUGCCAGCAUAAGGAUUUUUACAACCCUCUUUGCUGUUUCAGGAGAAUAGCUGCUGGAAAGCUGCCCUGCCGUAGCCGCUGACGCUAUGGAAGACCGCAUCCGCUGGUCUAGGCUGUAGGAUGGUAGCGCACAGCAAGGUGUCAGCAGAUAAUGCAGUUGCAGCAGAUGCGAGAUGUCUACUUGACCCUCCAGCACGGGAUCGUUCGCAGGCUCGAGGCUACCACGGCCCAGGCCGGCCCAGCACUGUGCAGGCACAGAGCAACACACACUUCCGAACCUUUCGCUCGCAAGCGGAUUUUAGUAGCAUCACUCGAGCAAGCAGCCUGCUGGAUGCCUGUGGCUUCUACUGGGGACCUCUGACUGUCAGUGCUGCCCACGAGAAGCUGAAGUCUGAGCCUGAGGGCACCUUCCUCAUCAGGGACAGCACGCAAAAGAAUUGCUUCUUUGCCAUCAGUGUUAAGACUGCGACUGGGCCCACCAGCAUCCGGAUAAACUUUCAGACUGGGCGUUUCAGCCUGGAUGGCAGCAAAGAGACUUUUGACUGUCUUUUUAAGCUGCUGGAACAUUACCUAAGCUCCCCGAGGAAGGUACUGGUUACCCCCCUGCGCAAAGUCCGUGUGCAGCCCCUGCAGGAGCUCUGCCGGAAGAGCAUUGUGAAGACUUUUGGAAGAGACAACUUAAACCAGAUCCCCCUCAAUCCUGUUUUAAAGGACUAUCUGAAAUCCUUCCCAUUUCAGAUAUAAGUACAGCAUUAACUGUAUAGGGACACGGGAGAUGUGUAAAGAAAUCCAGCUUCCUGGGUUUUUAAACAUGUUUGACAGCGAGCAAACUUAUUUUUGUAGCAAUUUACUGUAUUUUGGGAUGGAACUUGAACACUUGACUUCUUAUGUUUACAAAAACUGUUUGCACAAACCUGGGGUUUUAAAACCCUGGCAUAACUUUUCUGCCAAGCAGAAUAUUUUAUUAUUUUAUAAUAUUUUUAAUGAUAUUAACAUAAUAAACUUUAUUGUGAAAGUUUUUAAAAAAAAAAAAAAGCAUCUCUGUUUUUAAAGGCUCUGGUGCCUAUCCUGCUGACAAACUUCAACUGCUAAUUGAGUGUGUAAGUGCAGACAGGUCUCCACAUGGUCCUGCUCUUUGCCCUACCAAACUAGCCUGUUUUAGUGCUAGUCCGGCCAACAGAGGAUUCCUGCCCCAAAAAGCCUAAAAUAGAAAGAUGUAAGCAAGUAGAAAAUGUACUCUGGAUGAAUCUGCCCAGGAAUCUAGCUCUCUUCUAAAUCCACGAGAGCAGGAACAAUGUGUUAAGGCUACAGUGGUGCACAGUUUUUGAAACAGUGAAUCAAACCCUUGGCCGAGCUAAUUGCACCAAUUCUGGCUUGCCUUAUUUCUGUUAAAAGCUACAAGGCUCUAAGCAAGAAGAGGUUGCUGUCUGACAAAACUAAACCACAUGAAUGUCAGUGGGGAAAAACAAAACUGUCCAGAAAUGCCAUUCCCACACUUUAAAAGGCUGUGAACACUGUAUCAUGAUGAUGCAUUGGGGGAAGGAUAGCUUAGUUCUCUCUUUAAAUUGGCAUACACAAAAUGGCAAAGGUGCAGACAUCUUUAGACUUCAAAAAGGUGUUUCUUGUCUUAAAUUCCUGGUUAUCUACAGAGCACAGGCUUGACACUUUAAAAGAAUCUAUGCCGUAGCUCCAUGACAGGAUCCAGAGAGCAUAAACCUGUAGAUUUGCAGCUCUAAUUUCUAGUGGCUAAACGGCAUUUAGAGUCUAAGUUAAAAUACAUUAGACUGUUUUGUAAUACUAUUUGUAGGAAAUUGGUGAAGGCACCACUGGGUUUUUAUCUGCUCGUAAAAUGCAAAAUCAGUGCCCCAUAGAGCUGUAACUGUGAAUGACCUGAGAUGUCUAAGUUGGCAAAAUGUCACCUGCAUUAUGAUAAAGUGAUUCUCCCCUCCCCCAAGCAUUUCCUGAAAUCCAUGAAAAGCUGACUUAGAAAACCAGCUGAACCAAAUCACUUCAAAGAAGGCAGAGUCUUUCACAGAAAU